AGCCACCCCUGGUGUCCCCGCCGCCGGGCGCUGCUUGGCGGCUCAGGCCAGGGCCCGGCCCCUGGCGGUGGAAGCGCUGCUGCUCCCCGCCUCUUACAGCGGCGGGAACGGGCGCAGGCCGGGGUAGCGCGUUCCCUGCCUGCGAGGGAGGUGUCAGGCCGGGACUAGGCUCCAGGGCGAGGCAGGGGCCAGGGGCUGCUGGAAGCGGAAGCCAGGCGGGCUCACGCUUUGACCCGUUGUAACCGUUUACCAAGGGGUGUGGGGGAAUCUCCGCCAACGACACGUUUGACAUCCAGAUUUAGAAGAUCUGCUCCAGGAGUUAUCUUGGGGAUGCCCUGUGGCCCCUGUGAUACAAGAGUUCAGACUUUGGAGUGUUCGACUCUGCAACGCCUGGGCCUCUGCUCAGGCUUCUAGGCAUGGCUGCCUUCUGAAGCGUGCCCAUCCCCCAAAUAAUCCCCCGACAGGCACGAAUUCCCCACGAUUGACCUGUCUCAGCAGAGUGGCUAAGGAGUGAAUGGGACAGAGACAACUCCCCUUUGGCCUUUAGAGGGCAGAAGUGAGGCACGUUGACAGAGGGUUGUGUAUGUCUGAUCUGCUGAUGUCCGUGAUGUGCCUGUUACAGAGAGAACUUUGGAGACUGAUUCCUGUUGUCUGGCCAGCCCCAUGCACCAGUGCUAAGUUCAUCUUGAAAGCUUUAGCAAUUUGGGUAGCGCUGUACAAUGGAAAUCAGCCACUCUGUCAAAGAGCGCACCAUUGCUGAGAACAGCCUGGUCAUCCUACUCCAAGGUAUCCAUGGCUAUGUCACCACAGUCGAUCUCCGCGACGAGAGCACAGCGCUGGGCCGCAUCACCAAUGUGGACGCCUUCAUGAACAUUCGCCUGGCUGAGGUGACCUUCACAGACAGACAGGGCAGAGUCUCCCAGCUGGAUGACCUGUUUGUGACGGGCAGGAAUGUCCGCUAUGUCCAUAUCCCUGACGAAGUGGAUAUCAAGGCCACAGUGGAGAAGCAGCUGCAGCUGAUUCACAAGGUGCGCUACUUUGGAGGCCGCGACAAAGGGAGAAAGGAAUUCCCUACAGCGAGACACAAAUAAACUGUCCUGGGCAUUGCCCAGUAUCCCCAGGGAGCUCUAGUGUGAAACAAUAGCUCUCAGCUCCCUUAUAACACCACCCUCCAACUUCUGGACUGGAAAUCUUCCUGUCUCUGUUACCGUUUGAGACAAGAACAAACAUUUUUCAUCCUGAAAGAUCCCCUGGGCUUCUCUUUCAAAUCCCUCCUCGGUUUGUUACGGGGAUUUGGUUUUGGUUUCUUAGGGCAGCUUCCUGACAUUGGUGUUUGGGGGGGUGGGAGGGAGGCCGAAUGCAGACAAGGGAUCAUCCAUUGGGGUUUAUUUUAAAUUUUUUAAGGCCUCUGUGAGACCUGGUGUGUUUCUUGCUGCUCUGGCAGGUUUUAUAUCCUGUCUCAUUCUUAGGUUGUUCAGUAAACUUUUUUCAAAUAAACCCUUUUUCCAGAAACCAACAA